CUCCCCAUUUGCCCCCAAAACCCUAACGUUCAGGACGACCACCUCAAAAAGUUCACCAAAAUCGGCGUCAGCUUACAGUCGCCGGAACGGUCGAUAUUUCUCUGCUAGUUGAGCAACAAAACCCUAAAUCUCAUCUCUGUUAUCUCAUCGGCCGUGGACCAUGUUGAAAGUUAGAACUCCCAAGAAUGGUAAAGUUAAACGAGAGCUUGAGAAACGUGCUCCCAAACUUGUUGAGACGGGGAAGAAGACGCUGAUACUUCAUGGCACUAAAACGAGCGGCGUGUUGAAUGAAGUAUUGACGGAAAUUUAUCACCUGAAGAAAGAAAGUGCCGUGAAGUAUUCUCGUAGGAAUGAAGGAAUUAAACCAUUUGAAAAUGGCGGCGAUUCAUCUUUGGAAUUUUUCUCUCUCAAAACUGAUUGCAGUAUUAUCGUGUAUGGUUCUCACUCAAAGAAACGACCCGAUAAUCUUGUAAUAGCGAGAACCUAUGAUCAUCACAUCUAUGAUCUAAUUGAGGUUGGGAUUGAAAAUUUCAAGUCAAUGCAUUCUUUCACAUACGAUAAGAAACUUUCUCCACGUGUCGGGUCAAAGCCUUUCAUUACUUUCAUUGGCGAAGGAUUUGAGAACGUGGAAGAGCUGAAGCAUUUAAAAGAAGUUUUGCUUGAUAUGUUCCGUGGAGAGGUUGUGGAGAAUAUAAAUCUUGCUGGGUUGGACCGUGUAUAUGUAUGUACAGCCAUCUCACCAAAUAAAGUAUUUCUCACUCAUUGUGCACUGCGAAUGAAGAAGUCAGGUUCAGUAGUUCCUAGAAUGGAACUAGUUGAAGUCGGUCCUUCAAUGGAUUUGGUGGUUCGCCGGCACCGGCUGCCUAGUGAUGGUCUAAGGAAGGAAGCCAUGAAAACAGCCAAGGAUCAGGCUAAGAAGAAGGAGAAAAAUGUGAGCCAGGAUGCAAUUCAUGGCAAGAUUGGAAGGAUAUAUAUUCCUGAUCAAAAGGUUGGAGAUGUGGCUCUACCCGACAAAUCAAAGGGAGUGAAGAGAGAACGACGCGAAGCGAAAAUGAAAAACAGAGAUGACGUGCCAGCCUCUAAAAAACCAAAAGAAGAUUCAGAAAAACCAAAAGAAGAUUCAGAAUAGUUCAACUCGUAUAAUACUGUUUGAUCCAAAUCUCUUCUUACUAGAGUCGCUGUUAUGAAAUGCAUAGUAGCUUGCCAAUUAUGUGGACAGAGCAGACACUAUUUAUUUGCGUGUAUACAAUUUUGCCUAUGGUUUCCAAUUUGAUUUUACAUGCAAACCUGCCUUU